AUUUGGUGGUAUUGUUGCCUAUGAAAUGUCUCUUCAACUUGCUAGCUAUGGUCAUAGCCCAAAAGGACUUGUUCUGAUUGAUUCACCUUGUCCAAACAGAGAUAUUACUCUGUCUGAAACACUGGUCACAUAUCUUAUGUCUCGACUGCCUGCCAAUGAAACUAAGAUUGCUCCUAGCAUAAUUCAGAGGCAAUUCACUCUCAGCUCAGCACUGCUACAAGCAUAUGUUCCUCAUCCAAUAGGAAAUGUCUGCCCCCCAAUGAUACUGCUAAAGUCAGCUACUGGAUUUACCUGUGCAGCAUUGACAAAGAAAGACAUCCCUUCAUGGCUAACAGAGAGAUACAGCUCAGAUAUUGGGGCACUGGGAUGGGAAUUGAUGCCACACUGCAAGGUGGAGGUUCACAUGAUUCCAGGUCAUCACUUUGAAGCAUUUGAUUCUCUAUAU